AAAUCUCAUAAGAUUACCUAAAACAAGCCCAGAAAAUAAUUAAUUUCAUUUUCCUCAUUGUCAGGUUCUUCGGCGCUGACUAAAAAUCUCCGAUCAUUCUCAGUGAAGAACAAAACAAUAAAAAUAAAACUCUAGAUAAGUUUGGGUAAUUGGUUUAGACGUAGCCAUGACCACCGGUGAAUUCAUCAAUAUUUAUCCCACAGAGCUCAAAUUUCCAUUUGAGUUGAGGAAGCAGAGUGCAUGUUCUAUGCAAUUAAGUAACAAGACUGAUCAAUACAUUGCAUUCAAGGUUAAGACGACCAACCCCAAGAAGUACUGUGUUAGGCCUAAUGCUGGUGUUGUUUUGCCUGGAUCUUCAUGCAAUGUCACAGUUACAAUGCAAACGCAGAAAGAGGCACCUCCUGAUAUGCAGUGUAAGGAUAAGUUUCUAAUUCAGAGUGCUAUAGCACCCACUGGUACAACUAAUAAAGAUGUCACUCCAGAGAUUUUCAAUAGGGAGGAUGGAAAAGUUAUUGAUGAAUUUAAACUGAGGGUUGUUUAUGUUCCUGCAAACCCUCCCUCUCCCGUGCCAGAAGGGUCUGAAGAAGGUGGUUCUCCCAGGACAUCGUUGACUGAAGAUGAUAGUAAAAGCACUUCACUUCCAGAAGCAGUGUCACGAUCGUUGGAGGAGUCCAAAGCAAAAUCAUCCCCUUCAGAGGCAUGGUCUUUGAUUUCGAGGUUGACUGAUGAGAAAGCUUCUGCUCUUCAACAAAAUCAGAAAUUAUGUCAGGAAUUGGAGCUGGUAAGACAAGAAAUCAACAAAAGCAAUGCUGGUGGCGUCUCAAUGUUGUUUGUCGUGCUGAUUGGUCUUAUAGGUCUUUUGGUUGGGUAUCUGAUCAAGAAGACAUAGUUGGAAGGAGAUACUCUUUGGUUCAUUAGUUGCGUGCCCAGAAAAACUUAAACGGCAUUCGAGAAUUCUAUUUUUCCCCCUUUCUCUUCACAGACUUGUGCAUUAGAAGUAGGUCAUUAUGCAGUCAUCUAUCUAUAGUGUAAAAAUGUUAUUAGUCCAUUAUGGGCAUUCGAAGACUUGAUUCGAUUUGAUCUAGGGGUAGGUAAUGGAUACAACCUUCUUAUUCAUUUGACUUAUUUGAUUCUUGUGAACAAAUAUUCUUCAAAAAAUGCUUUUAUGCUUUUCUUGAAUUAUAAACUUUAUAUUCUUU